AGCUGUCCGAACAGGAAGGUCGUGGUCAGUCUUCCAUAAGAAAGCACAACCACAGACAUCAGAUACACACACAAACACACACACACACACGCGUAAGCAGACAGACAAGCUACGCCAACAAACAACUACCCUAGCGGCAAGCGUGAAAGCAAGCCGGCAUUUGAAGCCCUGCCGAUUAUCAUUAACAGCCGAAUCGAAUCGAAAAACGACCAUAACAAAUUAGGUUCCCCCUAAUCGCUCGUCAUUUAACCUAUUACAACAUCGUCACAAAAUCAAAUUCCGCUGUUGUGACGGAUGCCGGUCACAUUUGUGCAACAGAAUCACUGAAGAAGGUCUUCAACAAAACUUUGUUGAGUUGCAAACGUAUCAUUGUGGAGAUAUAUGACGGUAACAGUAGUUGCAGUCAUAACAGCAGCAGCAACAACAACCUUAAGUUUCCGUCGAACAGAACAGCGGGAAAAACGAAAUUAAGUUGAAUCGAGAAAAAAGUUACGAAAAAACAAGGAGGCUAACAACAGUAACAAAAACGAUGAGCGCGAGAUUUUGCAACAACGGACAGCCACCAGCAGAAGAUUAUGAAGAGCUAAUGAAGAGAGCAACAGUAACCAUACAAUCAGAAGAUCCGCGAAAAUUCAAUCAGAGGCUAGACAAGUUUCAUACAAAAAAAGAAGUGAGAGGUUAGAACGAAAAUGCAGGCGUAUUUUCAAGGUAGCACUCGGCAAGGAACCAAUAAUCAGAAAAACCAUAAAAGAAGCGAACCGAGACAACAGGAAGCCUGAAAAAUCAAUGAUUUGUUGCAUUUCAUAGCUUUUGUGCACGGUAGGCACCCAACCGCUUGAAACGCUGUUGACAUGUCGCGUGGAGUGCAUUAUUGUUUUGGGCCUUCUGAAGUCUUCGUCGUGAUGUAUUCGUGAAUCGUGAUAAUCUAUCCUAGUGCGUGCCUGCGUUUGUGUGUGUCUAAUAUAGAAAGAAGCAGAGAAAAUAAAUAAAUAAGUGUUUUUAAGAAAGAUACGUGUUAUUUGUCGGAAGUGGAUUUGUUCAUCGUACUCGAUUGGUCAUCACCGAACAGCUUUCGUUAUCGACGACCUCUAUCCGCACGAAGGCAGACUCAGACUAAGUCAGCGAAUUAUCUAAUUUUCGCAACGAGAAUUGGCACCAGCAAAUGUGCCACAUACAGAUGCUCACUACACCUAUUUUUGGUGGUGAGCCUGUAUAUGUCCGUAGCUUACUUAUUGUUCAUCUAAUUAUCAAGGAGCAAUAGCAACGAAGCGUUCCUAUCGUGAAAGUCGUUUUAUUGUUACAAUCACUACCAUUGGUUCAAUUGAGGUCACUAAUAACUUGUGUUUGUUUCUGAAGACAUUAAAAGAAGAACAAGAAGAUUACAGUUAAAAGUAAUUCAGGCGGCGUCAGGAAAAAAAUCGCUAUUGUCGUUUUUGCUUGUGGCUGUGAAGACCAGAGGCGAGUCGCCGGUAACCUCGCUGUUUUGAAGCGUUUUUCUCUUUCCUCUUCCCUUUUCUACGUUUGUUAUAUAAACCGAUAUAUAUUCUGCCAGAGAUCAGCAGCAAUUAACACCACCGAUGGAAUUUGUGUCUCAUUUAUAUGGACCGUUAUUAUCAUUAUUGAUACUACCAACAUCCCCAGUUUCUACUACUGCUACAACAACUUGUUACAACAGCAACCGCCAGGAUAGAAGCCCAACCGACCCUGCUAAUACUGCAAAUACCACGGUUCUUGGGCCGCGAAGCAGGGCCCGAAGCGUCUUUUUGCCCCGCCGGCAGAUUAGCUUCACCUCGAACGGCAUCAGCAGCCGGCUUAGGACAAAGACGACCAUUAUCUUCACCCUCACAACUAGCAACAGCAAAAAGAGCAGCUACCGUUGGCACAAACCAGUUGUGGCCACCAUGGUUACUGACCGCUACAACGCCUCCUGAGCAGCGCUCGUCGGGGCUGGAUACGACGUAAGAAGGGGACCCGCUUGUGGCGCACGGCGAUGUUUCCAUAUUUAGGUAAGUGCUCGCCAUGGAUCGUGAGACUGGAACAGCUAGGACGGAUCUGCUAAGGCGCAGAUCGCAGACGCCCGUGUUGGGCGCGUUUUCGCUUAGACCUCGCGGGAAGACCAGGCAGCUGUUAGCGAGAACGAGCAGAAGGAGCUGUCGGACCUUGCGCCACCACCAUCAUCAUCAAGCGUCUACUGCCGUUCAGACGACAGCAACGAACUCAACUGUUCCUGCUGAUCGUAGCAAAGUUCGAUCGGCAAAAUCGACAGCAGUAGGAGCAGCAACGAUCCUCAACCUGUCACCAGCAUCACCCAUAACAGCAACGAAGACGACGUAUUCAACAACUUCUCGUUGUGCGGCGGUGCCAUACGGCUGCCUAGCUUAUCCAUGGCGGCUCAGAUGAGUCGUUCGUUUGCGACGCCCUCAUCCGGGGGCAUCGACCUGUCAUUAUCAAAUGUGUUAUGGAACGUGCCGCGAGUCUGGCAAGAUGCCUACCGUAACACGAUUUCGUCGUCGAAUUUGGGCAGUGGCCGGGACGAGGCGUCGUUUGAGACAAGCGAUUCUCUCAGUCUAGGCGGGCCUGACCAGCCCAAUGGCUCAGCCAGCUACGAUCUUACCGGCGGGUAUGGCAGCAUUGGCAAUGAGACCACUUUCGACUCAGCGGUCGGUUAUUCACACCUUGAAUUCAUCCUCAUUGCUAUAUUUGGCGCGUUCUUCUCUAUUGUAACGAUUGUUGGCAAUCUGAUGGUCAUGAUUAGCUUCAAGAUGGACAAACAGCUCCAAACGAUAUCAAACUACUUUCUACUGAGUUUAGCUAUUGCGGACUUCUCUAUAGGCAUAAUUUCUAUGCCAUUGUUUACCUACUACUCGCUGUACAAUUAUUGGCACUUAGGUGCAUUCGUUUGUGAUACUUGGCUAGCUUGGGACUAUCUAGCAAGCAAUGCUUCCGUGCUAAAUCUACUAAUUAUUUCAUUUGAUCGCUAUUUUUCGGUUACAAGACCGCUAACCUAUCGAGCUCGUCGGACAACGAGACGGGCCGCAAUUAUGAUCGCGUCAGCCUGGCUCAUCUCAUUGCUACUAUGGCCACCGUGGAUUUAUGCCUGGCCGUACAUUGAAGGAAAGCGUUCCGUGCCCGAGGGUCAAUGCUAUAUCCAGUUUCUUGAAACAAACAUAUACGUCACAUUUGGUACCGCCAUCGCUGCGUUCUAUGUGCCUGUCUGCAUUAUGUGCAUUCUCUAUUGGCGUAUAUGGCGUGAGACCGAAAAACGACAACGCGAUUUGACUCAUUUGCAGGCAGGCAAGAAGCCGCCACCACCGAGUACAGGCAGCAAGCGCUCGACGAGCAGUCAGGACGAUGAAAUCGACUUCCGAAAGAAUAGCGGUCUCUACGUGGAGACGUGUAGAUAUUUACCGACAUCAUCAGCGGACCCGAAUGGUUCCGGUUCACUCUGCCGUACAGAGAUGCCACCAAAGGGAUCUGCCCACGAAAUGCGGUCCCGACAGCGGCUGAAGAAACUGUUGCUCUCUUGGUGCAAGACCGACUCUGCAGGAGCGCUGCAGUCGCGAGUCGAUCGCGACGACGACUCGGUAUCGAGCCGGGGUUCACCGAGCGCGGCGACGCCUGCUUCGGCUGAAACCCCGGUGCGCGACGUUCACUUUAGGACUCCUCUCUCACAAAGCAUUCGUAAACAGGCUACGGAGCGAGCAGCUACCAUUUUGCCCUCAUCUAAAGGCUCUAGCGUUAGCCCACACGACUCAGCUACGCAGGGCAGUGCGUUGGUGAUGAAUGCUGCUAAUAGCUGUGGUCACAAAGGUGUCCCGUUGCACAGUUCGUCGCAUACGAGCGGCGGAGGUGGAGGCGGUGGGGGAGCCUCGCCAUCCGCGCGUUCUUUCUCCAGCGACUCCGUCUACACAAUACUGAUUCGCUUGCCGACGCAGAGCAGCGUCGAGAUCGACGGGGAGGCUGCACAGCCAUCAAUACGAAUGAUUCUCGAAGAGGAGCACUCACCAACGGUCGCGCGGCCAGCAGUAGCUGUUACGAUGGCAAACACGCAUAGCGUGAGAGGACACAGUCACGCAAGCAUGGGUCAGCAUCCUCAAGCAAAGGCAAUGAUGGCCACAACCACUGGUACCACGACGGUAUCGGCCCGCGACCGUUUGACACUCAACAGUCGACUCGUCGCAACGAGCACGACGAAGAAAGCGCCCAAGAAGAAACGCAAACACCAAGAACGAAAACAAGAACGAAAAGCGGCAAAGACGCUAUCAGCCAUUUUAUUCGCAUUCAUCGUCACUUGGACGCCGUACAAUGUUCUCGUUCUGAUCAAGACGCUCAGCCGGUGCGAGGACGACGUUGAUUGUAUACCGCCAGGCCUAUGGAAUUUUGCGUACUGCCUCUGCUAUAUCAACAGUACGGUCAAUCCGCUCUGUUACGCGUUGUGCAAUGCAAACUUUCGUCGAACUUACAUACGAAUAUUGUCCUGUAAAUGGCACACGACCAAGCAGAGGAACCGGGGUUACUUCAGCUAAAGU